CUGAAUGCCAACAACGACCACCACUACCAUGGAAUAACCUCAUACUAUUCUUCUCCUCCUCUUCUCCUCUCCUCCUAUUCUUCCUCUCUCCCUCUUCAAAAACAAGAAAAUCCAUUCCACCAUGUCCUCCCCCUUCCAUCGCCGUCCUUUCCCCGACUACUUCCUCUCAUCACCUCUAGCAACUCUCAUCUAUCCUCUCCAUCAACUCCUCAACCACCUCCGCGGCCCUCCUCACCUCCCACCCCCGAACGCCCGUCCCAUCCGCGUCGUCUGCAUUUCCGACACCCACACCCUCGAAUACCCCGACGUUCCCGAUGGCGACCUCCUCAUCCACGCCGGCGAUCUCUGCAACGAUGGCAGCGCCCGCGAAAUCCAAGCCGCCGUGAACUGGUUGCGCAGUCUCCCUCACCCGCAUAAAGUCGUCAUCUGCGGCAACCACGACAGCUACUUCGACACGCGAUCGCGUCUCCCCGAAGACCGCAUCGAUGCCUCCUCGUCCCACAACAACACUUCAUCCACAUACGCAACCAUCUCUUCUUCAACCGCCUCCCUCCGCUCCCUAGACGACUACCUAACCGACGACCCUCACCCCCGCAUCGACUGGGGCGACGACAUCCACUACCUCCAACACUCCUCCAUCACCCUGACCUUCCCACCCACCACCGCAUCCUCCUCCUCAUCGAGCAUCACCAGCACCACCCCCCUCCGCCCCCGCACCCUAACCAUCUACGGCGCGCCCCAAAUUCCCGCCAUCGUGCCCUUCGGCCCUGAACACGCCUUCACCUACCCCCCACACCACGACGCCUGGUCCAAUACCAUCCCCGCCUCCACCGACAUCCUCGUCACCCAUACACCCCCGCAAUCCCGCCUCGACCUCUCCCCUGUCUACUCAGCAGGCUGCCCAUUCCUCCUCUCCGAACUAUGGCGCGUGCGCCCGGCCCUGCACGUCUUCGGCCACGUCCACGCAGCGUACGGCAUCGAGCGCGUCUUCUACGAUGAGGCCCAGCGCGCGUGGGAACGACUCUGCGCGUCGAGGAAAUCCCGUGCCCGUCUGUCGAGGUUCGGCUCCCUGUUUGGGUUCUUGCGAGAUCUGUUUGAUCUCUCCGGCUUGGUGGAUUCGGCGAGGGUCGUGCUGUAUGGUGUUUUGGGGGUCGUUUGGGCCAGGGUCUGGGGUGGGGAGAAUAGGGAUGCCGGGUGGGUGGUUAAUGCCGCUUGUAUGUAUAGGGAUUCGGGUGAGCUGAGGAAUAAGCCCAGGGUUGUGGUUUUGUAGGUUGAUCACUAAUCGAGUGAUUUGGUUUGUGGGGGGUGGUAAUGGAUGGUAUUUUUCCAUGUCAUUUUCCUUGUAUAUAAGGGAGAGCCUAGAAGGGGAAAAGGUAUGUGGUUGCAAUGAGUGAUGAGAAAGGUUGCAGGGUGUAUUGUACAUAAUUUCCGGGAUCAAGCUCGGGAGACUUAAGAUAAUCAUUCCAAGCUACU